AUGCUUCUCCGGUACAGAAGUAGUUUCUUCUUCGCCAUUGGGGCUCUCUUCAUUCUUUGGACGUUGUUGAGAAAUCACGGAAAGAUUGUAAGCCAUGUGGUUGAGCAAUAUAAAGGUACAGUGGCAACGGAGAUUGUGAAAGGACCAGGCUUUAAACAGGUACCUACCAUUCAAAUUAUCGAUCAUAUGGGGAUUGAAGUCCCAAAAUCACAAGAAGACUUGUUCCCCGUUCCACCAAAAGCUCCCAUUGAUCCGCCGACCCUCAUCGAACCUACGAUUGUGAGCAGCAGGGUUACCAUUCAUUUGUCAAUACAAACCCCCGAGUCCACGACGAAAACGAUAUCCUCAUCAGAGACCUCAACUUCAGCUGUAAAGUCCAUCAUCCAGGACGAGUUUGUUAAAGAGAACGCGAGACUUGGAAAGGAAUCAAGUGCCGGUCAAAUAUAUGGAAACACCCUAGAUGGAGUUAUAGGAGCGGGCUCGCAUACCGCAUCUCACUUAUCAAAUCUCAAAGAGAUUGAGGGCUGGAAAUCGUAUGCCAAAUCGAAGCCACUUGAGUACAACCCAUAUCCCAACUAUAAUAGUGAAGUUUGGAAUUCAAAGAAUAAGGGAUCUUAUGUGCCAUGCGAUGGAGUAGAUGGACCAAUCAAAAACAUCUUGGCGUUCUCAGGACAUUCGAAAGUUUUCGAAGAACCGCAGAUGGGAUCAUUCUCGCUUUUUGAUAUCGACAGUAAUUUAUGCUUCGAGAGAGAAACUAGGCUUGGUUUAUACGGAUAUGCAGAAGGCUUCAUGGAACCAAUAGGUACUGGUCCAAUCGCUGGGAUAACUCGGCAUAAACGCGAUGUGCCUACAAGAAUCCAAUGGAAUGAUAUUAAUUGGGGAUCGCUUCAAAGUCAAUGUGUUGAAAAGAACAAGAACCGAUACCUGGUUUCCGAGAUCCCUGAACCACUUAAUAGAGAGAUCAUGAUUCCUGCUCAAAAUACAUCGUCGGCAUGGAAUGACUUGAAGGCAAAAGAAACCAACACCAAGAAGAGAGUCCUUGGUACUAUCGUUAAUCAAAACCAGGAUAAGGAAAUUGAGCAGAAAGAUCAUCUUGUUAAGGCACACCUAGCAAAGGAAGCCAAAGCCGCAAUUGGUGCCAAAGAACCAUUCAAGACACGUACAGCAAUUAUGCUUCGAUCGUACUCUGGAAAGAAGUGGAACGACAAUGACAAGCAAAAUGUUCGUUCGCUUAUUACAGAACUAGCUUUGAAAUCUGGAGGAGAGUACGAGGUUUUUUUGCUCGUGCAUAUCAGAAACAGUACUAUUGCCAUAGAGAACGACGCAGACUACAUCGAAGCUCUUCAGAAAAAUGUCCCUAAAGAAUUUCAUGAUAUUGCGGUGCUUUGGAAUGAAGCUUAUGUACAGGGAUUCUACCCACUCAUUCCGAAAAAGGUUACAAACGUACAUCAAUCUCAAUGGCUCCCCGUUCAGAUCUUUGCACUCGACUAUCCACAGUUUGAAUUUUAUUGGAAUUGGGAAAUGGACACUCGAUAUACUGGCAAUCAUUACGAUCUUCUCGAAAGACUCACAAAGUUUGGAAUGGACCAACCAAGAAAAUACUUAUGGGAACGAAAUGAACGAUAUUAUAUCCCUUCAAUACAUGGCCUCUACAAUACUGAGUUCCGCAAGUCAGUUGAAAUUCUCUCGGGUAAAGAUACGAUAUGGGCUCCACCAAAAAUUGCAAAUGUCAUUCCUACCGGUCCACCGCCACCUGUUUCAGACCCAGCACAAGAUAAUUAUGAAUGGGGCGUUGGCGAAGUGGCAGACUACAUCUCUGUUGCACCAAUGUUCAAUCCAAAUGGUACUGGAUGGGUUGGAAGAAAUGAUGUCUGGGGAUUCGAUGGACGUAAUGAUACUCCUCGUCGUACGACCAUAAUCACUCAUUCAAUGUGCAGCAAGAAGUUAUUGGAUGUUAUGCAUACCGAGAACAUUAAAGGUAAUCAUGUCAGCAGCGAAAUGACACCCCAGACGGUCGCUCUUCUCCAUGGAUUGAAAGCAGUAUAUGCACCACUUCCGAUAUUCUUUGACAGAGCUUGGAAUGGGACGGGUUUAAAUAAAUGGUUCAACCCUGGACCGAAGGGAGAAAGUGGUGUUUCGUCGGAAAGUCCAUAUGGUUGGGGCAAAGAAAAAAGAUUUCUAGGGAUGACAUGGUAUUAUAGAGCUAUUCCACCAGGUAGAUUGUAUAAUAAUUGGAUGGGAUGGGAAGAUCAUGGAAUUGGUGGGGUUGAGUGGGAGAGAAUACAUGGCAGGCCGUGUCUUCCUCCACUUCUGCUUCAUCCCGUUAAAAACACAGAGAAGACGAAGUCUGGUUAUGCCACGAAGUAUAAUUUUCCUUGA